UUGGAGCAGAGGUUAACUACUGAAAGAGGACACACAGGAUCGUCUGUAUUGUCAAUCUUGCAGGAUGAUGUGGCACUUUUGUGUGCCAGAUCAUUUGGAAGUUAGAGCGCUCACAGUAGGGACUCUAUUACCCCAGUGAUUAAAAAAAAGGGGUUUGCUUGGAGUAAGUGAUUUGGCAUAUUGAAAAGACAAAGGUAGAAUGGAUUGCAUGUGAGCAAAUGUGGUCCUUUGCUUGACUGUAAUCCAGAUAUCACGUGGAAUAAAUGGCAUCCAUGGGAUUACAAAGUACGUCUGAUCUCGGAGCAUGUUGUUCUCACAGCUAAGACUAGCUAUCAGGGGUAGCCAUAGCCUAAGGUUUGGUGAGUUGUGUCAGUGUUGCUGCAGUUGUUCAUAUGCAAAAUAUUUAAGCGAAUCUAGGUACACCCUUCUAUGCGAGGGACAAAGUUUAACGAAUCUAUUGUCUAUAGGCUUGACUUUUUAUUGGCGAAAGCCUAUAGCCAUGGCUAGUCUACAACGAAAGCUGCAGUGCCAAGUUCAAUUAUGGCAAAGGGCUGUGAACUGAUAAUGUGGUAGGGAGGAGCAUUUUGCUCGGCUGGGAUUAAGAAAUGCAGAGCAGUAUGAGCAGGAUAGAGUAAGAAAUUUAAAGUUGCUGUAGCAUAUAGUAAAUUUGUGAGGAGCAGGAAGUCUUUGAUUCGGUUUGGUGAUGUGAAGUUAUUCGUUUGGAAUGGAAUAAGUGAGUAGCAAAGGAAAAUCCUUAUAGAUGCAUUCCAUUCCAUUGGCCUGAGAUUCUGCUUAUUGUAUGGAAUUUAACUCUUUUUGAACUCAAAUGGGUGUGGGUUAAAUAAGUACUAAAAGAGGCCUGGCGGGUCUGCUACAAUGAGGCGGCAUGGAUUUGAGCUGCCUUAUCAUCCUCUCCAGGUGGUAGCGAUUGCAGUGUUCGUGGCACUGGCAUUUGCUUUCUAUGUGUUUUUUGUGCCCUUCGUGGGGAAGAAGAUUGUUGAAUACAUCAUUGUUGGUAUCUUUUCUUUUCUGCUCACUUCUGUUUUCAGCCUUUAUAUCUGGUGUGCAAUAACUGAUCCAGCAGAUCCAGCUGUCUUAAGAUCUAAGAAUUAUGGCAGGAAAUCAGAGUUUGGAGGGGCUUCGUCAGUCAAGGAUUCUUUACCUGGACCUGGAUCAGUUGAUGGCAUAAACAUGGACUCAAUGGGAGAGAAAACAAACAUGGAUGAAUCUUCUGUGACUGUCCCAAUAGAGGAAUCAAUUAACCAAGAUAAAAAGGAGAGUGGUGUCAGGAUUUCCUUAUCUCCUUGCCUGAGUGUUUGUCUUUGGCUUCCUUUGGCCCUUACGGUUAAGAAAUUUUGUGCUAGCAAAGCAACUUCUGAGCCUCAUACCUGUGAGGACGACAUGCUAUAUUGCAGCUUGUGUAAAGUGGAGAUCUAUAAAAAUAGCAAGCACUGCCGAGUUUGUGACAAAUGUGUUGACAGUUUUGAUCAUCAUUGUCGGUGGAUUAACAAUUGUAUUGGAAGAAGGAACUACAGGGAGUUUUUUGUCCUAAUGAUAUCUGCCCUUCUCUUGCUUAUACUUCAGUGGUCAAUAGGACUCUUUGUAAUUGUGCGAUGUUUCCUCAAUCGGAGUCACUUUGAUGUGGAGAUUGUCUCUAAGCUGGGAAGUAGUUUCUCGCUGGGACCAUUUGUUGUUGUCUUGGGUUCGUGCACUAUUUUGUCUAUGGUUGCCACACUUCCUCUUGUACAACUUUUCUUCUUCCAUGUUUUGCUCAUAAGAAAGGGUGUCAGCACAUAUGAUUACAUUGUAGCAAUGAGGGAGCAAGAGCAGCAAAAUAUGGGAGGAGCGCAAAGCCCCCAAAUGUCACUGACAAGUUCUGCUUCAGUAUUGAGUCAUUCAAGCUCUAUGAAUGCAUUGCACCAUGGAUCCUGGUGCACUCCACCGCGCCUUUUUGUAGAGGACCAGUUCUCUGUCUUGCCAAGAGAUAGUGCCAUGCCCUCUAUCAAGGUAGAUAAUCGAAACAUAAAGAGGACACCUAGUGAACAGACAGUGCAAAAGAAUAAGGGAUCUGUAAAGAUUAGUCCUUGGGCACUGGCUCGAAUGAAUGCAGAAGAGGUUUCAAGGGUUGCUGCACAAGCAAGGAAAAACUCAAAAGUUCUACGUCCUAUAUCCAGGCAAAAAGGAAUGCCAGUGAUAGAGACAGACAGUAGUUUGGAAGGCAGCAGCAGAGAUCUUAGCACAGAGAUCUAUUCUAAUUCUGACAGUCAUAGACGAAUGAAUAAACGUGGCAGAUCACAGUCAUUGGGGAAGAAUUUUCCUUUUACAAGGUCUUUGAAGUUGACUAAAGUUUCUUUGGAAACAGCUAGUAAAUCGAAUUCCAACAGGGGUAGAGACCUUAUGGACAUCAACCAACCAAUUAGGGAAACUUCGGUGGGAUUGGCUCCUUUACAGUUAGAAGCACAAAGUGCAUUUCGGUCUAGCUUGGCAAUGUCGACUGGGAGGUUGAUUGCGUCAUCUGCUGGAAGCAGCUUUGCUUCACCCGAUCUUCAACCUUUCAGGGAAUCAACAUCAGGCAUUGUAGACAUACCAUCUGUUUCAGCUGCCCCUUCAAGUAUUACUGAAGGCCCCAAGCUCCAGAGAUCUACCAGUGAUGGGUAUGAAGCUUCUGGAGGAGAAAGUGCAGAUGACAGUGACCGAGCCUCGGCAAAGUUACGUAAACUACCCUGGAAUAAAAUGCUUUUGAAUCCUGCUUAUAUGGGUAAAACUAGAACUGCUAAGCCUUUUGGAUACAAAACAAGCCAGAUGCCGCAUGAUAUGAAUAAUUUUAGAACUUCGGGCCAGGAAAGAGGUUUGACAAUGCAAUCAAACAGUGGGAAAAGUGUUCUGAACGAAAUUCCUGAAGGAACGUAUCAUCCAAUAGAAGGGAUUAAUACUCUCCCUGUACAAUAUGAUUCACCUGAAAGGGAUUUGGAUUUCCUCGGUAUGAAACGUCCUGGUCUUGAAGAUUUUUCCAAGAAAAAACCCACCACUCGUGACAAUGUGGUUCCUUUGGCCCUCAGAUCUGCAAUCUUAAAAAGGAACUUUGACUCCAAUAUUGAAAACUAAGAACUCAAAAGAUUGGUAAGUUGUUGAUCCUGUUGCACCAAACAUCUGGAACCUGAUUACUUGAGCAGGUAAAGGAUUCACAAAGAAUGAUUUUUUCUCAUCGAUGCUUGGCAAUGGAGAUUGGAGAACUGAAUAUCCAGAAGUGAAGAGUGAGUUCCAUAUUUAUUAUAUUCAGGCAUUAUUAUAUCUCAAAUGACAUGUAAAGAAACGAGAAAUGUUAUAAUACUGGACACGCAUUAUCUUUCCAAGUGGGAAGCAGCAUGCCUCUAUUUCCCAAUGUGACUAGUAAUUCAAGUAUGCUUUUCAAACCUGUGGUUUUGUCAUCUAGCACCAACCUUAAGAGCAUCCCAGGUGAUCCACGUUGUUUUGAUCUCUCUCUAAUAUUGUUUAUCUAUCUGUUGCUACUGUCAAUCUUAAGAGUAAUGGAGACAGAUGUAUCAAUUGAGUACUGCAGUUAUCCCAGCAUAGCAGCCAUGACAGUCGAAUGGUAAAGGCUGAACUUAGUUUGAGAUUCUCAUGUAUGGCUUUGAGUGCAUUCUUGUUUGCUUUAAAUGAAUAGACAACAAUUUUCAGUCUA